GUUCUGGAACAGAUGGCGACUACGAUCGCGCUCUUGGGCGUUUCAUGCGCAAUGAAAUCGACUACGACGAGUUCAUGAAAUUGACUGGAGGGCAAACACUUGAGGAAGAAAUGGCAGCCGAUGGUGGAGGUGAAUCCAUAGAAGACGAGGAGGAUGAAGAGUAUCCAAACGCCGAUAACGGAGCGGAAUUCACUGUGAAGAAGGAGUAUGCUACAGAAUACGGUGGCGACCUGCCAAUUCACGUUAGGAAUCUCAUGCAAGAGAUUGUCAACGAUGAACUCGGAGGAUGCCGCGCUGAUGUAUUGGCGGCGUCGGUACCAACAGAAACGGAACACCCGUCAACAUCGCAGACAGCGCCAGUCGUGGAACCAACCCCAGAACGAGAACGAAUACCUCGAAAACUGAGCAAAACCAUGGAUGCCCUUCUUGGGCAUGCUAAUGUCAUCUACGCAAAGGGUAACACUCAAGAGGCUCUUGCUGUUUUGCUGGAGGUAAUCCGGCAAGAGCCUCGCAAUGCGGCUUCUUAUCGACAAGUGUCUGAUAUAUAUCAAGAAUUAGGAGAUCCUCAAAAGAGUUUACAGUAUGGUCUUCUUGCGGCUCAUCUAGAUACACGAACACCCGCUGAAGAUUGGGCUCAUUGGGGAGACGAAGUCUAA